GAUAAAAAUGUGAGAGGUAAAUUAACACUAAUUCGAACCACGCUCUAACGCGUAACCCUAUUGAGCUCUGUGCCUUUAACAAACCUUCAAAUUUGAUAUUUGAGAAAUUCAGACGUCACCCUAAUAAGCAGAGAAGAGCGCCACCAACAAUUCGAGCAACAAUAGUGACAACUGGAGCUGGUGCCCAGAUAAUCGAACAAGCGACGCCAAUUCACAAGAGUUUGUUUUCAAUUUCUUACCCACAUGCAACAUCCAGUCUGUACAGAAUAUUCAUUCGACGCGUUUCGUCAAAGAAGAUAAUCCUACAUUGAGAGCAGCUACGCAAUUGCAACAGCCCAGUCUAUCAGAAUGAACAGAGUAUAGGUAGACGUAUAGCUGAGAGACGCUUCAUUUCUACAUUUUUUAAUCCUUCUGUUUCGACAAUGGCCCCAACUUUAUUAGGAAGAUCAGAGGCCGCAAUGGCGGCCAUCACCGCUCUCCUGAUGCUAGGAUUUUUCAUAGCGUACCAGACAUCUGUUGACUCUACACGGGAACUGCGUUACGCGAUGGCAUCUGGUGCUAAUUCUACACAGUGCUCUUGUGAACAUGAUGUAGAAACUGCCAUUCGUGCUCUUAAGCAGCAUUUGUCGGUCAGUGCUGUCACUACAGCCCCGGCUAUCAGGAUCAAAUCACCUGUAACCAGUAGCCUCAUGUACCUUCAGCCCGGAAAGGAACGCGUGUGUAAGGAUGGCCAAAUUGACCAUGGAUGCUACUGCAAGAAAGCCACCAAUGUCUAUCCACCCGAAAACAUACUUUUAAGCCAAGAUAUUCGGUGGGCACGAGGAUGCAAGAAACGCAGACCCGAUGCGAUCAUUCCAGGAACCAUGAAGAGCGGUACUACGGCUCUAAAGGCCUACCUUGAAAUCCACCCGGCUAUCACUUCCCCAAAGAGGGAAUUAAAAUUUGCAAACCAUCACAAGGUGGAAGAAUUUGAUGAAUACAAGAAAGUCAUGCCUUAUUCUACCCCAGAUCAGAUCGCAAUAGAGAAAACCGCGGGAUAUUUCAACAGGAUACCAGUCGUAGAGAGACUUCGAGAGGCUUUGCCUGAUAUCAAAUUUAUCAUAAUCAUGCGCGAACCGAUACAGCGUGCAGUGUCAAACUAUAUGCACAUGCUCGCUAUUAAAGUAAAAAGUUCAGGUACUUUACCCAUCGUCAAAGAACAUUCUUCUGCUCCACAAUAUGAAAUCAAAUCUACCUUUCGUGAGUCGGUUCUUUUUCCAAAUGGUAGUCUCAAAACGGCUAAUCGUCUUCUCGAUACAAGUCGAUAUGUUCGAUACCUUAAACAGUGGUACCGCAUAUAUCCUAGACAUCAAAUCCUUGUCUUGGACGGGGAGGAGUUUACACAGGACCCCCUCCCAAGUCUCCAAAGAGUCGAGGAAUUUCUGGGAAUUGAUCGCUACUUUGACGAGGAUAAAUUUUUCUUCAACGAGACGAAAGGGUUCAUCUGCCUUCGAGAUCCUUUUGAGAUGUGUAUGACAGGUAACAAGGGGAGGCCGCACGAAGAGGUCAGUGAUGACUUAAUGGAAAAGCUGAGGGAUCACUUUAGACCCUUUAAUCGGAAACUUGUCAAGGUUCUUGAGCGAGAACUUAGCUGGACGAACUCUUACUGAAUAUAACAAUUACAAUUUGAAACAUUUGGAACGAUUGUAAAGUUGUAGGGUUUAACGCGGGUCUGCACUAAGUUCUAGCUACUUUCGCCCUCUAUAGCAAACAAUGCUUAAGAGGUACCCGUUGGUCCCCCACGAUCCCCUUUUUCUUAUUUUAAUUGAGAGCUGAUUUGAUGAGAUAACCACCUGUCAGUGACCAUGCAGGGAGAUCUGGCCAAUCUAGUUACUAUACCAAGUCCAAAAUGUGGUUCAUCUUGCAAACCAUUUAUCAUCAUCAUUAUCAUUAUUAUCAUUAUUGUUAUUAUUACUAUCUUAUUAUUUUUGACAUUACUAUGAUCAAUGUUAUUGUUAUUACUAUUAUUAUUAUUUGUAGAAGUAGUAGUAGUAGUUUUAUUGUUGUUUUUUCAUACAGGAAAAUAAUGUAAAACAAUUUAAUUAUCCGGCAUGUCCUACUAAAAAUUGUGAAAAAAAUGGUGUGGAAUAGAUCAGAAAAGGUUGAUCUUGUAUGAUGUAUCAUGUAAGUAUUGGUGUGUACUGCAAGAUUCUGGAAUCAUCAAAAUCAUAAUAAAUUUGGCCCAGUCUUUGUUCAGUUGCAAGCCCUGUACCCUGAAAGAUAUGGGACUACACAAAUGGUGUCGGGCCUACUUACCUUGAUUUCCUUAUCUUUCUAAGAUCAUUACUCAGCAAGUAUACAUUCGACCAAAAUUGUUUGGCAAAUGACAUUCAUUUGUAAUCUUGAACAUUCAGUGUAAGUUUCGUUUGAUUCUGUGAGAAUUCAAUAUCUUUUUUUUAAACCAGAACUCAAGUUUAUCUUUAAAGGACGCUCUUGAAUGGAAAGUCACCGGGGUUUGUAACCGUUUUUUUUAUAUCGAGGGCGUGGUUGGAAUGCUCCGAAAGGAGAGGACAAUCAUCGGGGUUUGUAACUCUUUUGUUAAUGUAUAGAGGACAAUGUGCUGACAUUAACCUACAGGUAUAAUUAUGUAAACAUAAUUUUAGUCGAGCCAUUUCAAUUAGAUGUCCUCCACUAGUUUUACAUGCAGUAUUACAUUUACUUUCAAGGUAAAAGUGAUAUUGUUGGAAGGGUAGAAAACAUUUUAGAAUUUUCCUCAUUUCACUUUAAAAACAGAUUACAUUGUACAACUUUGUGAAGUGCCUCAAUACAAAUUAUUUCAUUCACUUGAUAAGAAUAAUAGUUUUUCAAUAUUCAAAAUGCAAACUGCAUAUAUUAAGUGGUGUUGCUAGGUGUUUGUCCUACCCGGCAACAACUAAUGUAUGCAGUUCGGAUUCUGUCUUUUGAAAUACUAUUAUUCGUAUCAGGUGAAUGAAAUAUUGUAUUGAGGCACUUUACAAAGACUUGUGCAUAACAUUUGGUAACUUUACGAAAUUGGCCCAUUGCGAGGAUCAUAAUGAGCAUAUAAAAUAUUAAUAUAUUGCAUGUGUAGCGCCAAACAAAAGGCUAGAUUACGUAGAGGAUGUUGAGUUGUGAAUUAAUUUUACCUCUGCAAUUUGGACUCAUUAACAGAGGAAUGUGUCGAAAAUUAUUCCACCUUUAUUUGCAACAGUGUAUAUGAAUAUACCGUGCGUCCCUAAAAAAAAACUAUACACUUUUGAAAUGGCUGUCGAAUAAAAAAUCUAUGAUUCUGGGGGAAAAGUUUUAUAUGUAUGGAAAGCUCAUAAACUCAACUUUCAUAUGACACCAGAAAGUUUGAAAAGGAUUAAUGCUUGGGUGAGCACUGCUCACUUUUGUAAAGGGUAUGAAAAUUAGGUUGCGCAGGAAUUAGCCUUCCAAUUUGUGAGAGGUAAAUCCUUUGGAGCUUACACAAUUGAGCAUACAUAUAAAACUUUCCCCCCAUAAUUAUAUAUUUUUUAUUCGGCAGCCAUUUCAAAAGUGUAUAGUUUUUUUGGGGGACGCACGGUAUUACAUGUGUGUAGGUGCGUGCGUGCGUGUGUGUAGGUGCAAGCGUGCGUGUGUGUGUAUAUACGUAUGUGGGGGUAUAGGGUCAGUGAGAGUAUCAUCGAAUUUCAAAUGCUGAAUGUUUGUACAUAAUUUUAUACAUAUGGUAUUAAAGAUUUUCGUUUUUUAAUAAACAA